AACUGUCGCCUCGUAACAGCAGAACUAACAUAAACUUUAAUAUGUCGUCCAGCUCUGGUUACUCGCUUUCCAAGAUCAAUCCCAAGUUACUAAGAAGGAUAUACCGGGCUUGUAGACCAUCUUUGGACGAGCCCAACUUGGCGUUGAACUUGGAGAUAUGUGAUUAUGUCAAUGCCAAGCAGGGUUCAAUCCCUAGGGAUGCUGCCAUCACUGUUGUCAAAUUGAUUAGUCAAAAGGACCCUCAAACAAGCGAAUUGGCUUUGUCAUUAUUGGAUAACUUGGUGAAAAAUUGUGGAUAUCCCUUUCACUUGCAGGUGUCUCGCAAGGAGUUUUUGAAUGAGUUGGUCAAGAGGUUCCCCGAAAGACCUCCCUUGAGGUAUACCAGAGUCCAAAGAUUGAUAUUGGCUCAGAUCGAGGAAUGGUACCAAACCAUUUGUAAGACCUCCAAGUACAAAGAAGACUUUGGUUACAUCAAAAACAUGCACACAUUAUUGAGCCACAAAGGAUAUAUUUUCCCCGAGGUCAAGGUUGAAGACGCUGCUGUAUUGAAUCCGGCUGAUACUUUGAAGUCUUUUGAAGAAUUGCAAAAGGAAGAGGAAGUGGUCAACAGUGCCAAGUUGCAAGAAUUGAUCAGAAGAGGUAGGCCACAGGACUUGCUGGAGGCUAAUAAGUUGAUGAAGAUUAUGGCCGGUUUCAAGGAAAGUAAUAAGGUGGAAGAGAAUAAACAGCAAAUUCUUCAAGACAUUGCUAGAUUGAAGCGGAAAGCGGAGAUUUUGGAUGAGAUGUUAACCGCCAUCCAACAAAAUGGCGGAAAGAUUGAAGAGUCUAAUGAAGCUGCUCAUGAAUUGUAUGGUUCGGUUAAGAGUAAUCAACCAAUCAUAAACAAAAUCAUUGAAGAAGAACAUGAUAAUGAACAAAGAGUCGGCGAGUUAUUGUCCUUGAAUGACAAUAUCAACACUUUGAUCAAUAAGUUCCAAUUGUUGAAAGGCGGUAAAGUUGAUGAGGCUUCAAAGAUGAAAGCCAACCUUAAUCAGGACUUGAAUUUGAUUGACUUUGAUGAUGAUGAACCUAUCAGUAAUGAUCAAACUGGCAAGGAUACCCAGGGCUAUAACGAUUUAUUAAGUGACUUGACCAGCUUAUCGUUUGGUGGAGAGCCAUCCAAGAAGACCAAUGAUGACAUUUUGAAUUUGUUUGGAUCAGGUGGCUCGAUAGCUUUAGGCUCAAACACUCCCCAACCUACUGAACCUUCAAGCAAAGAUUUCGAUCUCUUAGCUGGUUUCAGCUCGCCAUCUCCUCAAUUGCAAUCAAAUGUCCAAACUACACCUGUUCAGUCUAACAACGUUUUGGAUGCAUUUGAGUUGAGUUUCCCAUCAAGCACCCCAUCAAAUAUCACAUCCACCAUUUCUAAAAAGACCAUUCACCAAUCGAAAGCCAUACAAAUUGAUGUCGAGCUCUACAGCACCGGUACUACAGUAAAUGGUAAAUUUUUCUUCAGAAACGUGGGGAUUCCAACAUCCACCAUAGCGGUGUUCAAGUUCUUGGUGGCCGCUCCUAAGAGUUGUAAACUAGAAUUAAAACCUCAAAGUGGUGAAACAUUGUCUGGAGGACUGAGUUUCAUCAGUCAAGAGUUCACCAUCCAAAAUGACUUGAACAAGCCUUUGAAGAUCAAAUGGAAGGCGGAUUACACCUAUCAGUUCAGUCAGACGACACAAACUGAAACUGGUGUAAGCGAAUUAUAGCCCAAACAACUGCUUUAAAUAGACCCUAGAUCGAGAGAAUCACAUAAUUCCGUACAUUAUAAAAAAUCCCUAAUCCUAAUUUGGUUUGACCAAAGUAUCAUCAAUGAUGAAAAUGUACCCAUUGUCGACCUGCUUAGCCAUAAUGACAUUAAUCUUGGUACCAUCGUCAGAAACCAACCCAAUCUUUUCACCUACCUGCACAAUUUCCACUUGUUUUCCACUCAACAAAGUGGCCUUUACAGACCGUUCAGUGAUCUUCAAGUCCUCAAAAUUCAUAACAAUAUGAUUGGAAACAAAAUAGCUCAAGUUGGACUCAACGACUUCAUCUUCGUUUCCUUCGGAUAAACUCUUGGGGAACUCCCAGGGUUUAAGUCCGCCCAACUUGGUCAGAAUGGCAUUAUCGGUUGGGCAGAUGAUCAACAAAGACUCGGCCAAAGACUCAGUCUUCUCAUUGAUUUCCAGGUUGUCUCUUAUGUACCCAGCAAACACAGAAAUCGAGGUAUAUUGAGGUAAGAUCGAUUGAAGUAAAAGAGCAGAAGUGGAUUCUUCCAUAACCACUUGAUCUCUCUUUUGUACUUGUUCUGCUUCAACAUCACUCUUGAAUGUGGCAAAAUUGACAACGUUCUUUGCAUCUCGUUUGCUACUGAGGCUGCUGAGGCCCACCUUAACGUCGUCAAGGUUGUACACGUUCUUUGCGUCUCGUUUGCUAUUGAGGACGCUGAGGCCCACCUUAACAUCAUCAAGAUUGUACACAUUCUUUGCGUCUCUUUUGGCAUUCUUUUCAUCAUUUACUGCAUCCUUGAACUUAUUGAGGUCAAAGACGUUCUUUGCCAAAGCACCCAUCACCAAAUAAAGUAAAAAAAUUGCAAAUCUCAUGGUGCUCCUUGUGUGAACUGAUGUUUUUGUGACC